AUGGUUACUUGCAAGGAAUUCAAGAAAUUCAAACGCUAUGGUAGAAAUUCAGUAUUCUAUAAUCAAUAUGCAGAUCUUGGGAGAAUACCUAAGCACCGUGAUCCUACCGUCAUCACUAUUCUUCUUCAAGGGGAUGUUCAUGGUCUUCAAGCCUUCAAGGAUAGCGAAUGGAUUGGAGUUGAACUUCUUCCUCAUGCAUUUGUGGUUAACAUAGGCUAUGUGUUGCAGAUAGUCAGCAAUGACAAACUUAAAGGCGCUGAUCAUCGAGUAGUGGCAAAUUCAAGUCAUGCUAGGACAACUAUCUCUGUCUUUAUGUAUCCAUCAAGUGAAACUCUUAUAGAACCUUCAAAAUCUCUGCUUAAUGCUUCUAAUCCCCCGAUCUACAGAGCCCUCAAAUUUAAAGACUUCCAAAAUGAAUUUUUAUCCAAAGCUGCUGAUGCUGAAGCUCUCCACCAGUUUAAAAGCUCUACAACUGAUUAA